GUGUUUGGCACUGAAAGGGUUACACUUCCUUCCUUUCUCCUGCUCACUGUCAGUUACAAUCUAAUAAUCAAAUUGGCUUUGCCUGUGCUGUUCUAACUCACAAGUCACUGAAAAUGCACUAGUCUCACUUGUAUAAAUACUGCAACUACAGGCUAGUAAAGUUAUUGUAGUUUUUGAUAUAAAGAUCAUUUUUUUUAAGUUGUUUCUUAAAGUGUUUGGUAUAAUGGCUCUUUCAGCUGAGGAUACACUGACUGCUGGUGCUGUUUGGGAAAAGAUUUAUGCAGAUGUUGAGGAUAAUGGUGCUGUUGUGUUAAGUAGAAUGUUUAAAGAACACCAUCAUACUGUGAGCUACUUUAAAAAUUUUAGACAGCUGCAGUCUGUUGCUGAGACUGCUUCUGCUGAGGAGAUUACAGCCUUGUCUGAAGUUCGAGCCCAUGGGAAGAAAGUUUUCUCAGCCUUGAAUGAUAUGGUGCCACACUUGAACAAUGUGGAUGCUUUAAAAGAAACUAUUGCACCAUUAGCCAAGAAGCAUGCUACAGAGCUUAAAGUGGAUGUGAAGGACUUUGGGAUAAUAUUCGAUAAUCUAUUGGCACUUAUUGGAGAGAAGCAAGGUGCAGAUGCCAAAGCAGCCUUUAAGAAAGUGACAGAUCUAAUAUAUGAAGAAAUAAAAGCUGCAUAUUGAUGUACUGUGUACUAGAGUUUGAAUAAAACAUUUCAAAAACUGAAA